UGAUUAAGAUUAUACGUACGAUGUGAAACAGUGAAAUUAUCAGGAUUGUAGGUUAUGGAGAAUAUUACCUCGUUAGAGUAAAUAUAUUCUUUGAACUUUACUGUCAUUUAAGUAAUGUGAAUAUAGAUUGAAAAGAAAAACAGAAAUGGAUAUUGUUAACGAAAUAUUAGAAAAAGAGCAGAAGAAGGCAGAAAAAUAUAAGCCUAUAACUGUCGAAAAACAUUUAGAGCUUGAAAUUGAUAUUGGGACACUGCUUGCAUCAGAUACAAAUGAUUUAGAUAAAAAACUUAUAAAGUUAGAUAAGGAAAGGGAUGCAUAUUUACUAUCACUGUCGCGGGACAACACGCAAUUGUUAUUGAAUAAAAUAUGGGACCUACCCACAGAGAGGAUUGAUGAAGCAAUAGUAGUGCGCCUACCACACCCCACAACAAUUCUACCACGAGCCAAACCGGUACCUAAACCUAAGCCUCUUACAAAAUGGCAAGAGUUUGCUAAGGCAAAAGGCAUAACAAACAAGAAAAAGUCUAAGUUAGAAUGGGAUGAGCAAUUGCAAAAAUGGGUGCCAUUGUAUGGUUUCAGAAAGGCUGCCGCUGAGAAAGAAAAGAGUUGGUUGAUAGAAGUUCCACAGAAUGUAAAUCCAAUGACUGAUAUGUAUGAGAAAAAAGCAAAUGAGAAGUCUGAGAAAGUCGCCAAGAAUGAACUACAGAGGCUCAAGAAUAUUGCAAGGGCUAGAAAAGUCAAAAUACCUAGAGUUGGUUUACCAGUUACAGCUGACAAAGCUUCAGCUUCACAGUUGGCCACAGCAACAUCAGUAGCAAAAGCGUCAACCGCAUCAUUGGGCAAAUUCCAAAAUAAGUUACCCAAAGAGAAAGAAGCUAGAGGCAUAGGUGUUCAUGAACUGAUUCCCGGUAAAGUGAAAAAAAGGAAUCUGCCUGUGCCAACCCCACAAGCAGAGAAGGAGAAUAAUCUCAAUCUGCUUGAUAAGAUUCUGAAUAAAAGGCCCAAAAUUGACAUUGAAAAGGCUGUUGCUAAACACAUCAAUGAAGAGCAAAAUCAGAGGUCCCAAGAAAAAACCUUAAAACCAUCCAAAGGGAAGGGUAAAGGUAAAGGAAAUGUUACGAACUUCUCUGCAAAGAAGCCUAAAGCUGGGAAGGGUCAAAGAAACCCAAAUAAGAAUACACCUGGCAGGAAAAGACGAUGAUAUGAUUAAAAUAAAACUUUAUUCAGAACAA